GGACGUGGAAAAACUCCCCGAAAAUUGGCAGCGAUGUCUGUAGACGUUUGAAUUAUUGUUAUCUAUACACACUGACCGGAUAAAAUACCAUUUUCAUAUAAUAUAUAUACUCAGACACGUGCGCGACCACUUGUGCGACCACUGGCGCGUUCAGAUUGACUUAUCUUCAGCUGAUAUUAUUGUGUCCGGAAUUGCGCAAUACCUACACGGUUGGAAUGCAGGUAACAGACGCAGUCUAAACGUGGUGCUUACAUAUUAUCAAGUAGCAAUAAAAGUGAACCAUAUUAUCGAAUACUAAUAAUAAGACAUGAACAAUUUCAAAGUCAUCUCGACUGCAGCGUGCACACUGCUACUCGUCAGUCAGUUGCACUUUACGUGCUCCGACAUCCACCGGGCACCACUAACUGCAGUGACUCCUGCACGGUUCUCGGCGCCCAGAUCGACCAGGCCGACCAGCCACUCAACAGGUGUUGCAGUUAGGUUCCCGACACAGCAGACGAAAGCUUACGCCACAGCGUUAGCCGAUCUCCUGAGGACCAUCGUGUCAUCCAACGAGUUUCGGGAAGGUUCGACCGCCCUGCAGCAUUUACUGACCGUUCUGCGCCCUCUCUUCCGGGCCGUCGGAAUCGUUCCACCUAUGCCUCAGAAAAUCGAAGACGACAAAACUACGACCACGACGACCACGACGACCACGACGACGACGACGAAAGCUCCGACGACGACGACAGCUCCGACGACCGCGUCCUCCCCCCAGACGGUCACAUGUCCACCGACUGACAAGGGAUCGUCCAGAAAAAAGCUGAUGGCCCUGUUCGUCCCGAUGUCGGCCGUCCCGUCAUCACCACCGACCGCAUCGCCACCGUCGACCGGCACGCUACCAAAACUGUUCCGAAAGGCAGAUUCGUAUAUUGCGAAUCGAUAAAAGAAAAAAAAAACGCUAAUAGUCUUCUUAUUCAAAUAAUUAUUAUUAUAUAUUAUUAUAAUAUUAUACUGUUAUAUUUAUACAUUACAUACAAACGAAUACUGAAUUGUUUUAGUUAAAUAAUAUUGUGUAUUGUUAUGUACCUAAUACAGUGCCCCACGCUAUUCUGGUGUUCGCUUACUCAUGCCAAAAUUCGUGUUUGUCCGGAUUUAGUUUGAUCGAAGACACGCUUUGGACUCAUUCAACAUAAUUCAUCCGUUUUAUUAUUUUCGUCUGUUUAAUGCGAUCGUUUAUUAAAACGUUUUGGUAUGAUUUAAUUGCAUAGCACUUUCGUGUAGGAACACAAAAACGUUUUGAACGAUUCGUCGGAAGACGUCUUGAUCGACAUCUACGUUCACAACACGCACAUAUAAUAGUCGGACAUUAAUUUAUGCAUUAAAUAUUUAAAUUGGUAGA